GGCUGCUAGGGCCCAGCUACUUCAACACUCAAAGCGUCCAGAUGGCAACUAACCACUUCUAAUAGUUCGCCGCGCGGCAGUGUGCAGGCUACGACUUCGAUUUUAACAUCAAGCCGGGAUGGGAUUUGGAAAUCAUUCCGUGGUAACCCGCGCGAUGGACAAGGCGUUCUACGAGUUCGCGGAGUUGGACCGCACGCCCGGCCACGACGGCCGCCAGGUCAUCAACGCCGCGGAGCUCUACGCCUGCGUGCUGCUCGCGUAUAAUUAUGUGAAUAAGUUCUCCCCAGGGUCACACCUGGAUCCACCCAAGAAGACAGAGGUCUUCAGAAUGAUGCAGAAAUUUGACUUGAACAGCGAUGGCUUCCUGGACCGUGAGGAGUUUGAGAAGUUUUUGGAGAAUUUCUCCAAGAACCUGACGCGGCGAGCAGUCGUCAAUGCUGCUGUGGUUUGUGCAGCUGUCCCGACGCUCGUGUUUCUUACCAAGGCGUCACUCAAGGAGUUUGAACAGACGCAUAAGAUUGGAAAGAAGAUCCCGUCGUCCCUGCUUGCCUGUGUUUUCACUACCGUGUUCAGGAUCGCUGGCCUGUGUUGAAACAGUGCAGUGACACAGCGUGUUUCUGGUAUUAACAUAGCUUGACCAGCCAAGGUUCCAGGGAUAUCCUGGGCCAAAACACAUGUUGCAUGGUACGGUAGUCUUGCUAUAUAUGGUAACCAUUUGCCAUUCACAAUGGCGUCUUACCAUGUUUGGUUUGAU